CAUACAUAUGACAUGCAUGCUUACAUGUAUAUGAUACGGUCAUAGAAACGGAAAAACGGACGUCGUUAAAUAAAACAAAAGCGCCGCCCAUUGACCGCAACAAGUACUACCGAUUUGAUAGUUGAGUUGGCCGGCCAUUUUUAGUUUUUACUUUUUCGUUUGAUCCUGACAUGAAAAUUAUAACUAUGGAGCAAUAUCUAAGUCGGCGCGAGCGUGGCUUCCAAUCGUGGGGAGAUGAGAACUUUAUAAUGCGUCGCAUAUACACAAGCAUAAACAUGUUUAACAGCUAUCAUACCAACCAGGAAUCCGGCGAGACUGAACGCGUCGGUGGAGGCGUUUUUAAUCUGGAAUUCAAUGCCGAUGGAAAUGUAAUAGUGGCCGCCACCGAGCGGAAGUCCGUGUUGGUGUUCGAUGUCAUCACACAGAAGGAAAUUUUCAAGGUACCCGAUGCCCACACCGACUGCGUCAAUUGCAUCAAGUUCGUCGACGCGCGCAUCUUUGCUACGGGCUCUGACGAUUUAACCGUCGCAAUGUGGGACCUGCGCAACAUGCGCGAAAAGCUUCGUGUCUUGCAUGGCCAUUCCAAUUGGGUGAAGAACAUCGAGUACUCGCCCAAGGACAAGCUGCUAGUCACCUCCAGCUUCGAUGGCAGCAUCUUGACCUGGGACACCGCCUCGUACACGGAACAGGGCCUCAUCUCAGAGCACGUAUUCCAUGUCAGUGGCCUCUUGAGAUGCCGCAUCUCCCCGAUGGGCGACAAACUGGUGCUGUGCACCAGCGGUGGAUACAUCAUGGUCAUCCAUCGUCUGGACUUGACCACAUUAAACGAUGACCUCGGUGGCUUCAAACCUGGCGUCUAUCGUCUCAUGCAGGUGGUCGAUCAGUACAUACCAGUGGCGGCCAAAUUCGAUCAUUUGUUCUCGAGGCGCCAGAAGAGGAACCGCGUGGAGCUGGUCACAGAUUUUCCGGAGCGCAACGAUGCCGAUAUAAUACUGGCCCUGCAGAUUCAUCCGAACUCCCGCUGCAUGCUGACGCGUGUGAGCUACGAUGAGAAUCGAGAGUGGACAUGCAUACACGACAUUAACGAGGACGUGGCCAACAUGAAAAAACGCCACCCAUCCUCAUCUCCGACACGCCGCAUAUCGAACUAUAAUAGAACUAACGGCCGUGGUGGAACCGCCGCAUACGCACAGCAUCUUCAUGAACAACCCGAAAGCUUUCCGCGCGACAUCUGGGCAGCCGAGUUAACCGUCCAACAGCGUGCCAUACGCCCAACUGCAUAUAAUUCAGUGCAUGCCAUUAGCAGUGAGGUCUUGCCAUUGCGUCAGGCGAUACCGGCAAGCCAACGCCAUCGCCUAGCGCGUCGUCCCUUUGUGGACCCAGAACCGAAAUCCAAAAAGCUCAUGUACUAUAUUUCCGAGGCGAAUGUCAAGCCUACCUACAUCAAGGAGCCGGGCUUCUCCGCCGACGGUCGCAUCAUCUGCUCGCCCUACGACAAUGGCGUGCGCCUCUUGGGCUACAGCGCCGACUGCAGCGACUAUCCCAUCUACACGACGUUCGAGGAGGGGAAGCAGAGCCCACGCCAAAUGGUGGUACUGGCACACCUGAAAGAGCACCAGGAUGCGGUGCUCUGUGCCAAGUUCAGUCCCCGGGAGCCCCUACUCGUCACGGGCUGCGCCACAGGGGAUGUGACCUGGUAUCGACCCAAUCUUUAGAAUUGCAUUUUUUAAAAUAUGUUUUAGUUUUCCAUAAACUUUGUAAUUGGUUCUUUCUUUUAUUUAAUGUACAAGAACCGUAGUCAUUACCGUGACUAACCCCAAGAAUCUCUUGUUUAGAAAUACAUAGAACACUGGUGGACCGA